AUGCGGGCUGGCAUUGUUGCUCUCCUCACCAUUUUGGCUGUCGUUGCUGUUUCCGCAGAAGCCAGAUACAAGACGAAGCUUGAGAAGUGGGAAAAGUUCUUCGAGGAGGACCCUCUAGGCCAAAAAAUCUCUGAUCACUAUGCCGAGUUGAAGGAACUGAUUAAGGAAGUCAGACAGCGUAUUCGUAAGCAACUGGCGAAGUAUGUCAAGCAGUUGAAGAGUGAAUAA